AUGAUGUUGAACAAUAACAAGUUCAAGUAUAACAAAUUUUCAAUUGUUGAUUUUUCAACAGCAACCAAUAAUAAUAAUGAUAAUCAUUCGACAAAUCAAAUACCAAAGAAGAGAGGAAGACCUUCAAAGAAGAAAUGCACUACAACAACUGGUGGUGCUGCUCAAAUGAUUGUCAGAUCGACAGAAUUAUUCAAUACACAACAACACACAUUUUCACCUUCCAAAUUACAACCCUAUGAAAAUGAAUUGAAACAAUUUUUCAAUGAAUUUUCACCAAUUUUGAACAAGAAAAGAAAAAUUGAAAAGAAGAAGAAACAUUGUCAAUCCAUUACAAAAUGUAAUAGAGAAAAUAAUAGAGAAACAUUGAGUGAAGAAACUAGAUCGAAUCAAUCCUUAUCAAAUUCAUCCAUUGAUUCCAUCACUCCACUUUUAACUUUCUCAACAAUAUCAUCCUCAACUAAUUCAAUCAAUAAUUCUGUAAUAUCACCAUUGCCACCAUCUUUAUCGUCCUCAUCAUUUGAUUUGCCAAUUAAGAGAAAAAUAAUAAGAACUUCAAUAUCAAUAAAAGAAUUAUUAAAUUAA